ACAGCAGAAGACGCCGAAGAAUCAAGAAAUCCAAGAUGAUCACGAAGACAAUGAAGCAAUUGAGCUUGUUCUCUUUCAAGUUCCGGAAUGUUAUGUCUAUUUGAUACCGCCAAGAAAAACUGCAGCUUCCUACAGGAAACGUAGACAUUUUAUUAACAUAAUGGCAUUAUCAAAGGGGGAAAAGUUCCAUCUGAUGGAUGAUGAAUUUUUUUUUCAAUCGGUCAUGAUAAUAGAUUUGCUUAGUUACAAAAAGGAGGGCCCAAUUUACACCAACUAAGGAGACAAUACAACGAUAGAUGUGAGAAAACCCACAUCUAAAUUGAGCCAAGGAAUCUUCUUUUCUUUCUUCUAAGGAUGCCCAGAGUCCCGAAUACUUCAAAAACAAAGUCCCAAAAGGUUCUUGCCUGUUUGCACCAAGUAAAUGGUUUUGGGAUUCCUCAUCCUUUUUAUACAGAAUGCAGCACUUUGGUGAGAUGGAUAUUCGUGGAGAUCCUUUUUGAAGCUUUGUCUUGUUUAUUAAGACACAAAUGGUUCAACUCCCAAAUGAAGAACUUCACCUUUUUGAAAUAUGGACCUUUUCAGAUGGAGAGGGCUGAUGAAUGGGAUGUGAAUAAAUGGGCUUGGGAGGGAAAACUAAAAGUCCUUAGUAAGGGAGAAGAAUGCAUUAUCAGACUUGAAGAUAAGAGCACAGGUGAGUUAUAUGCUCGGGCGUUCUUGAGAGAUGGAGAACAGCAUCCAGUUGAACCUGUAAUUGAUAGCAGCAGAUAUUUUGUUCUUCGCGUGGAAGAGAAUAUUGAUGGUCGCCUCCGGCAUGCAUUUAUUGGCAUAGGAUUUCGAGAAAGAACCGAGGCUUAUGACUUCCAAGCAGCUUUGCACGAUCAUAUGAAAUAUCUCAACAAAAAGAAGAGUGCAGAAGAGAUGGAACAACAGUUCCAGAAUACAUCCUCGGUUGAUUACAGUUUGAAAGACGGCGAGACUAUAGUACUUCAACUAAAAAGCAAAAAAAGCACUAGCAACAUCAAGAAAUCUACUGAGCUGGAUCAUGUGAAAGUUUCGUCAUCAGAAGAAGAAGGCAACACAAAAAAAGAGUCAAUUUUUUGUAUCAAACCACCUCCUCCUCCUCCAGCUCCACUUUCACCUGUUGCAUCCCAAAAAUCUCCUAAAUAUCUACCACCAAAUAUCAAUUUGGAAGAACCUUCUAAGAAAAAAGAUUUAGUACCUGAAAAAGAAGACACCAAUGAUGCUGAAGUUCAAAGCACACUUGAUAUACCUGACGACGAUUUUGGAGAUUUCCAGACAGCUGGGUGAUGAUGUGGACUGUGAUGUGGAACUUUGUACAUUCUCGAGUACUCUAAUCGAUCUUCAGUUUUUAGUAGAUUCUGCGCUACAAAUUGUUUAGUUUUUUACAAGAGAUCUUAUGUACUGUUGUUAAACCUUUGUUGUGAAAUUAGCUUGAAGAGUUUCCAAUAAAGAGUGAUACCAAAAUUAUAUGAUGUUA